GUUUUACUAAUACCUCAAAUACCGGUGAAUGUCAUUUUCCGAAAUUCUGAACAAGUAAUCGAUCACCGAAAUGAGCGAAAGCGCUACACCAGCACCUGAGUCAGAUGAAUAUAGAGGAAGAGAAGGGGUUCUAAAAUGGGACGACUACUGUAUGGCCAUUGCCUUUUUGUCCGCUCAGCGCAGCAAAGACCCCAGUACACAAGUUGGAGCGUGUAUCGCAUACGAGGAUAAGAGGAUAGUUAGUACUGGAUACAAUGACAUGCCAAAUAAUUGUGACAAUCUACCCUGGGGCAAAGGUGACCCAGACAAACUCAACAACAAAUAUGUUUACGUUUGCCAUGCUGAACUCAAUGCCGUGCUAAAUAAGAACUCUACGGAUGUUAAGAACUGUACGAUCUACGUGUCUCUGUUCCCUUGCAACGAAUGCGCAAAAGUUAUCAUCCAGUCAGGCAUCAAGAAGGUCAUGUACUACGCAGACAAGUACCAGGACAGCCCGAAGGUCAAAGCCUCCAAAAUCAUGUUGGAAGAGGCGGGAGUGAGAUUCAUACAGCAUGAACCAAACCUGGACAAAAUUGUGAACGCUUUGUCUGAGACUAAAGAGAUGUACGUUAAGAGUCGUGUGGACACCCCAACUACUAGUGAACGCAAACUGGAUGAUUGAGCAUGUACAAUGAAUAAACACUUUCAUAAACAUUUUUCUCUGAAAUUACAAAGUUUGUAAUAACUUGUUUUUUAACACUGAUUUAUUUUGAAAAUAGAUUUCGACAUUUAAUUUAUAAUUGAUAAUUGCUUUGAUUCAUUUCAAUCAUUGUAAAUGACGAGUAUGUUUGCUGUGUGUAAAAAUGGCCCUGCCUUGCAAGGGAAUUCAAUACAUUUAGAAGAUUUUGUUUGAUGUAAACGUAUGCAAUUAUUACUGUUACAGACACAAUAAGCAAA